ACGCGCCGGAAGUGGGCUUGCAGGGCGUCACCAAGAAGCUGCGGGCGCUGAGGGCUCGAGCCCCGGCUAAGCUGUAGAGUAAAGAGAUUCGCCAGUUUCGUUCGUGGCCGUUGCAAUGACGGCCCAGGGGAGCCUGGUGGCCAACCGAGGCCGGCGCUUCAAGUGGGCCAUUGAGCUGAGCGGGCCUGGAGGAGGCAGCAGGGGCCGAAGUGACCGGGGCGGUGGCCAGGGGGACUCGCUGUACCCAGUUGGUUACUUGGACAAGCAAGUGCCUGAUACCAGCGUGCAAGAGACAGACCGGAUCCUGGUGGAGAAGCGCUGCUGGGACAUCGCCUUGGGUCCCCUCAAACAGAUUCCCAUGAACCUCUUCAUCAUGUACAUGGCAGGCAAUACCAUCUCCAUCUUCCCUACUAUGAUGGUGUGCAUGAUGGCCUGGCGACCCAUUCAGGCACUUAUGGCCAUUUCAGCCACUUUCAAGAUGCUAGAAAGUUCAAGCCAGAAGUUUCUUCAGGGUUUGGUAUAUCUCAUUGGGAACCUCAUGGGUUUGGCAUUGGCUGUUUAUAAGUGCCAGUCAAUGGGACUGUUGCCUACACAUGCAUCAGAUUGGUUAGCCUUCAUUGAGCCCCCAGAGAGGAUGGAGUUCAGUGGCGGAGGACUACUUUUGUGAACCUGAGAAAGAAGCACUUGGUGCCUGUAUGUCUCAUUUACAACCUUCUUUAUGCCCAGUGGGCUCCUCCUCAGCAUACUAACCCUUAACAUUAUCACUGAUGCUGAAAAGAACCAAAAGCUCUCUUUUCUCCAUGGUGAGGAGACAAAUCCUGGAAAGACAAUGUACAUAUCACUACAAACACAAAGAAACUAUACCACAACCCUUGACCGAAAAUAAUGUAGAAAACUUUAUUUAUGUUUCCAGUACAGAGCAAAACAACAAAUAAAACCACAACUCUAUGUAAACAAAAGAAUGGUUGCUGCUAAAUCAAGAUUUACAGCAGCAUCUCCUCUCAAUAAAUUAAAUGGAGAAUAAUGCUUAAAAAAAAA